AAUAAUUUGUAUUUAAUUAAUUUAAACUUUAAAAUAUCAUUCAUUAAUUUUGCUUACGUAGCAUUUGGAUUAUUUAAUUGUAAAGGAAAUUAAUAAUCUCUUAUUUAAUUGGAUACAAAAAUUUAUAAUCGUAUAUAACGCGAUAAGAAAAUUAAAUUUUAGGUGACUCUUUAUAAACUCGAGAAAAAACUUAUUCCAAAAAAAAAAAAAAAAAUACUCGAGAAAAAAGUCUCUCCCUUUAUUAGAUUAGAUUUAGUAUUUACCCUUGAUUUCUUGAAUUUACUCCCUCGGUCUUUAGGUUUAUUUUCUCAUUUUAAAUGCCCUUGAAUUUAUACAGUUUGACUAACCCCUCUCUGUUCAUCUCUUCUCCGGCGAGUCGGCGAUCGGCGUACAGUUUGAAGCAGAAACUCCGGUUAGCAGCAAGCGCACUUCAUCUCCAUUUUGUGCGGUUCUCUGAAGUUCAUAAAUUUGAGAAGCCUCGUGAUAGAAAAGCCUUGGACUUGAUGAUUUCAUGCGCUGCUGCUGUAAUGGAGGAAUACGCUGACAUAAUAUUUUCGUAUGGAUAUAGUGAUGAAUUUAGUUUUAUAUUGAAAAAGGAGUCCAAAUUUUACCAGAGACGUGGAAGUAAGAUAUUGUCCCUACUUGUGUCAUUCUUCACUUCUGUGUAUACCAUAAAAUGGAAAGACUUCUUUCCACAUCAGAAAUUGCUCUAUGCACCUUCGUUUCAUGCACAAAUCAUUCAAUGUCCAACUUUGGAGGUUCUUCAAACUUAUCUUGCAUGGAGGCAGAAUGAUUGUCACCUCAACAAUUUAUAUGAUACGUGUUAUUGGAAGCUCUUUGAAAGAGAAAAGAGUGAAACUAAAGCCCAUGGACGUCUCAAGGGAACACAAAAACGGGAAAAAAAUGAGCUUCUCUUCCAGGAAUUUUGCUUUAACUAUAAGACUCUUCAUCUAAUGUUACGACAAGGAACUUGUCUUUUUAAGACUCAGAUUGAAGAGGUUGUCAAGUACAAGGAAAAUGGUGAUCCUAUCAAGAGACUUCGGAAAAAGAUGAUGGAAGUUCACUCAGAUAAUAUAGCUGGCAAAAGCUUCUGGAAUCAGCACUCUUCUCUUCUUUCAGAACUAGGAAGAUUUGAAGUAGAUAUUCAUAAAAUUAGACCAGAAUAUGUAGAGUCCUUUCUAUUUCAGGAUAAAUUGAUGUUGUCCACUUGGAUAGUGGUCAGAAUUGAUGGUUGCCAUUUCCAUAGGUUCUCUGAUAUUCAUAAAUUUGAGAAGCCCAAUGAUGAAAAAGCUUUGAAGCUUAUGAAUGCAUGUGCUGCAGCUCUUUUGGAAGAGUUUCAAGACAUAACCUUUGCAUAUGGUGUCAGUGAUGAGUUCAGUUUUGUUGUGAAAAAGGAAUCCAAAUUUUAUGAACGGCAACCCAGUGCAAUAGUGUCCACAAUGGUAUCAUUCUUUUCAACAAUGUACAUCAGUAAAUGGAACGAGUUUUUCCCAGAAACAGAGUUGAAUUAUCCCCCCUCAUUUGAUGGAAGAGCUGUUUGCUACCCAUCGUCUAAGAUUCUUCGAGACUAUUUGUCUUGGAGACAAGUUGAUUGUCAUAUAAACAACCAGUAUAAUACCUGUUUCUGGAUGCUGGUAGACUCUGUGAAAAGCAAGCGUGAAGCCCAAAAUUAUUUGAAGGGAACACAAACACAAGAAAAGAAUGACUUGCUUGCUCGAAAUGGUAUUGAUUAUAAUGCAUUACCAGAUAUAUUUCGUCGAGGUUCAAGUAUUUUUCGGGACAAGGAAAACAAGACUCUUAUGGAGGUAAAUUGUGCUGAAGAUUCUAGAAAGAAAAUUGUGAUUGAACACUGUAACAUAAUCGAUGACGAUUUCUGGGAUUCACACCCAUGGAUCCUUGGUGACAAACUCCCUUUGGAGAGUGCUAAUACUAGAGCCAUGAAGAGGACAAUUGGAUGAUCUGUAAAUUAGCAGAUUAGAUGUAUUUUGAAUCAUGUAACAAUGCCCGUUUUCUAAUACUAUGUAAUACGGAGUACCAUUUAGGAAACAAUUGAGUUUAAAAAUGUAAAAUAUAUGUAGGCAUGCAUUAAAAGUUAUGGAGUAGUUUAAAAGUUAUUGCCCAA